CGCUCCAUUUACAAUUUUUGGAAAAAAGAAAGGAAGAUUUAAAACAAAAACCCUAGCCUGAAAACCGUAGUGUCGUUUCACCGGUGGCCUGCUAUGGCGGGGGUUGCAAAGCCACCGGCGAGCUUCACGGUCACUCCUCAUAAGAUCUCCAUCUGCAUUCUUGCUCAAGUGUACGCGCCGCCUUCUCAAAUAUCCGUUCCCUUUCCUUUCUCAUCCGUUUCGCAGCACAACUGUCUCGGCAUUUUCCUCUUAUCUCUUACCAAGUCGUGCGAUGGAAUUUUCGAGCCGACACUGGAUGAGUUGAUUGCGCAGCUGAGGGAGAUUGGAGGCCUGUUGAAUCACUGGCUGACUGAUCACUUAAUGCGAAGGCUUUCUUCAUUAGCAUCACCCGACGACUUGUUCAGUUUCUUUGUUGAUUUGAGAGGAAUUCUUGGGGGCUCAGAUGCAAAUGUCAUGGAUGAUGAUUUAAUUGCGCUGGAUCCUAAUAGUAACAUUGGAAUGUUUGUGCGGAGAUGCUUGCUUGCCUUCAAUCAGAUGUCAUUUGAGUGUAUGUGCCACCUGUUAACAAGUAUAGGGACAUAUUGUAAGGAGUCCAUCUCUGGAUAUCCUCCGUAUGAGCUGUCGCAGUUAGACAAUUCAAUGAAUGAUGCAAGUGCACUAGAAUUUGAAAAUAUGGAGAUGGAGAAUUUUGUUUAUGAGAAAGUUAGUGAUGGUUUUGAAGAUACUAAAACAACCAUUGGAGGAAUCCCUUUCCAUGACCAUGCACCAAAAGAUUAUUCUGAAGUAGUUGAAGAUGCCCCAUCGAGCUCAAGGCUGGAACCUGUUCAGAUAAAACCUAAAGAUUUCUCUUGUGCAUUUUCUUCUAGCACGUUGAGAGAUGUUGGCUCCAUUAGUGGCACCUUUUUGCAUACAAACUGGCAGGUACAAGGGUACUUAACAGAGCAGGCAGAUUCUAUUGAGAAACAUGGAAGCUCCUUUCCUCUAAAUGCUUUUGAAUCCAUUCUGAAAAAGCUUCAGCAAUUGACACCCGAGUUACAUAGGGUACAUUACUUACGUUAUUUGAAUAAUCUCUAUCAUGAUGACUAUCCGGGUGCAUUGGAACAACUUCAUCGUUAUUUUGAUUAUAGUGCAGGGACUGAAGGAGUUGAAUGGAGUCUUCCAUCUGGAAGUACGAGCUUUGGAAGAUAUGAGAUUGCUUUGUUGUGCUUAGGAAUGAUGCAUUUUCAUCUAGGGCACCCACAACAAGCAUUGGAAGUUUUAACUGAAGCAGUUCGAGUUUGUCAGCAGAACAGUGAUGACACAUGUCUUGCAUACACUUUGGCAGCAAUUUCUAAUCUGUUGUCUGAAAUGGGAAUAUCAAAGACACAUGGGAUUAUUGGGUCAUCUGACUGGUCUGUUGCUGGUAUAGGCACUUCAUUGUCUGUCCAGCAACAAUUAUUUGUGCUCUUAAGACGAUCCCUGAAGAGAGCAGAAAGUAUUAAGUUGAAACGACUUGUGGCUUCUAUUCAUCUUGAGAUUGCUAAAUAUGAUAUAGCGCACGUUCAAAGGCCAUUGCUUUCAUUUGGGCCAAAGGCGUCCAUGAAGCUUAAAACAUCCCCUACCAAUGUUUACAAGGAGUUGUGGUUGAGUUCCCAUUUGAUUAAUGAUUUUGGUGAUGAAAAUUCUGUAAUGUCCACCGAUGGCUCCUUCUGCACAGCAUGGCUGAGAAGUUUGAACAAGCCUACAAGAUCAUUAGUAUUUGCUCAAGAACAUGAAAAUGAAGCCAGUGGUAAUUCAAAUGCAUUUCAGUUUUAUGCACAGCCCUGUUCUAUUCCUGGAUCUGCUUUACAAUUAUUGGGUUCUUCCUAUUUGGUUCGAGCCAGUUCAUGGGAGAUGUAUGGCAGUGCGCCUCUAGCUCGAAUUAAUGCACUGGUAUUUGCAGCAUGCUUUUCCGAUUUUUCCAGUUUAUCUGAUACUGCAUUGGCAUACUCAAAGCUCAUCCAACACUUGGCCAUAUAUAAAGGAUACAAAGAUGCUUUAGCUGCUUUGGAAAUAGCAGAGGAGAAGUUUAUAUCCAUCUCUAAAUCUAGAAUCCUGCUUGUGAAACUACAGCUGCUGCAUGAUUGUGCAUUGCACAGAGGAGAUUUAAAACUAGCUCAGCAAUUUUGUGAUGAGCUUGGUGUUUUGGCUUCAUCUGUAAAUGGAGUGGAUAUGGAUAUAAAGACAGAAGCUAGUCUUCGUCAUGCCCGUACAUUGCUUGCAGCAAACCAAUAUAGCCAGGCAGCAGCUGUUGCACACUCCCUGUUCUGCAUGUGCUAUAAGUUUGAUAUGCAAAUAAAAAAUGCCACCGUUCUUCUUUUACUUGCUGAAAUACAAAAGAGGUCAGGCAACGCAGUCUUAGGAAUACCAUAUGCUUUGGCUAGUCUUUCCUUUUGUCAAUCAUUUAACUUGGAUCUUCUCAAAGCCUCUGCCACACUAAUGCUUGCUGAAUUAUGGCUCUCUAUUGGACCGAGUCAUGCGAAAAAGGCCUUGGCCCUUUUGCAUAGCUCUUUUCCUAUGCUUAUUGGCCAUGGUGGUUUGGAGCUCCGAUCUCGAGCAUUUAUAACAGAGGCAAAAUGUUAUCUAGCCGACCCUAGUUUUUCAGUUUCAGACAAUCCAGAGAUGGUGCUAGAACCUCUACGACAAGCUUCUGAAGAACUUCAACUUUUGGAGUAUCAUGAGUUGGCUUCUGAAGCAUUCUACCUAAUGGCCAUGGUGUAUGACAAGCUGGGGCAGUUGGCCGACAGGGAAGAAGCCGCUGCUUCAUUUAAAAAGCACAUCACUGCGCUUGAAAAUCCAGGCGACAUGGAUCGGUCGCUCUUUGCUACAUUGUGUGCUGACAAAUACAUACGGUAAAAAUUCGUAUUCGUGUUUGUUGUAUCAUUGUUUAUGAAGAUAUGAUGUUUUGUGUGCUUUGUGUUUUCUUUAUUUAUGUUAUACGAUAGAUUGCAGUUUGUUAAAAACUCUGGUUUUUAUGAGCCGAGAUUGUUCUGUGCAGUAGAUUAGUGAGUCUAUGAGGAAGGUUUCGUAGCUCUACUUGGAACAUAACAUUCAUGGUGCUAAUAUUUUUUAAUUUAUACCACACAAAAGAAUAGGUUAGAAGAAUUGCUGGGUCAUGUUCUUUUUGGACUUUUUUUUUACAUUAAAUAAUUGUUGGAUGUAACGUUUGGUUGAGAGAGAGAGAGAGAGAGAGAGAGAGCUUGGAAGUAAGUGUGAUGUUGAAUAAUUGGUAAAAAAAAUAAACUUUUUUUCCUACUUACCAUAUA